CCUACUCACUCCUCACACGACCAAAGGACGAAGGGGGCCUAGGCCAGAGAGAUAUCACCAAGCAGUCCUCUUGACCAGACUGUAUGACUGGUCACACCCACACCCUACCGCACAAUGGAUACACAUAGAAAAUACUUUCUUCAGGACGCCCAUUUUCACAAUACCUUGGCACAAAUCCAGACAGCCAUUUUUACUGAACUCCCCACACCCCACGAUCUCACCAACCCUACGUAUGUGGGCUAAGAUAAGGACUCACCAGACAAUGUCACCUUACCCUUCCCCGUUAUAUCCAAUAACACACAACCCUCUCUUUCAACCGGGAGAGGAUGGGAGAGCAUUCAAGCAAUACCAUGACUCACACUACCUGCACCUCGCCGAGGUUGUAGAUGACACGGGAACUCAGGUGAAACCUUUGCAAACUACAACAGGGGGUCACACUGUACUGCAAACAUUUCAGUAUAAACAACUUCCUACACACAGGGCCAUUGGCACAUAA